AUGGCCGCCGGCAGUAGCGAUGGCGCAGCCUCAGCUCCAGCGGCCUCUGACGGUGAUGUCAACCAGUGCAUAAAAUCUGAGGAGCUAGUAUUACAGGUUCCUGUUGUGGAUGUGCAAAGUGACAACUUCAAGGAGAUAUGGCCAUCCCUCUUGCUGGCCAUAAAGACAGCAAGCUUUGUGGCUGUAGACACGGAAUUGAGUGGGCUUGGAGACAGGAAGAGUUUGCUGAACCAGUGCAUCGAGGAACGUUACAAAGCUGUGUGUCAAGCUGCUAGGACCCGUUCUAUCCUCUCCCUUGGCCUCGCCUGCUUCAAGCAGCAACCAGACAAGGGUGAACACUCUUACCUGGCCCAGGUAUUCAAUCUGACCCUGCUGUGCACAGAGGAGUAUGUUAUAGAACCAAAGUCUGUGCAAUUCCUGGUACAGCAUGGCUUCAACUUCAACCGGCAGUAUGCCCAGGGUAUCCCUUACCACAAGGGCAAUGACAAGGGUGAUGAGAGCCAGAGCCAAUCUGUGCGGACACUGUUUCUGGAACUAAUCCGGGCCCGCCAGCCCUUAGUGCUACACAAUGGCCUCAUAGACUUGGUGUUUCUGUACCAGAACUUCUAUGCACACUUACCUGAGAGCCUAGGAACCUUCACUGCUGACCUGUAUGAAAUGUUCCCAGCUGGCAUUUAUGACACCAAAUAUGCUGUUGAGUUUCAUGCACGCUUUGUCGCCUCCUACUUAGAAUACGCCUUCAGGAAAUGUGAGCGAGAAAAUGAGAAGCAGCGAGCAGUUGGCAAACCACACCUUACCCUUCAGUUCUGCUGCUACCCUUCCAGCAUGAGAGCCCAUAUUGACUACCGAUGCUGCAGAUCGCCUACUGUCCACCAUCCCCAUCCCUCCAACAUCUGUGACAACUUCUCGGCCUAUGGCUGGUGUCCCCUGGGACCAAAGUGCCCUCGAUCCCAUAAUAUUGACCUCAUAAUUGACACUGAUGAAGCGGUGGUGGAGGAUAAACGGCGACGGAGGCGAAGACGAGAAAAACGGCGGAAAGCUUUGCUGAGGUUGUCUGGGACACAGACCUCUGGGGAGGCUGAGGAUGGUCCUCCCAAGAAGCACAUCUGUGUGGAUGGCCUCAAGGCUGAGGAAACUGAGCAGGAGGUUGCUGAGAAAGAGAUUAUAAACCAGCCUGGCUGUGAGCAAGAUCACAAAAAUGAUGUAGAGAUGGGACUUACGGAAACUGACGUGCCUACCCUAGAAGUGCCAGGCAGUGAAGAAACCAGUCCUAACCCAGUGCCUGGGGAUGGGCUGCACCGGGCUGGCUUUGAUGCAUUUAUGACAGGCUAUGUGAUGGCCUAUGUCAGAGUGAGCCAAGGACCCCAGUCUUACAGCUCUGGACCUUGGCUACCUGAAUGCCACAACAAAGUAUACCUGAGUGGUAAAUCUGUACCCCUCACAGUGGCCAAGAGCCAGUUCUCCCGUUCUUCCAAAGCCCACAGCCAGAAAAUGAAGCUGGCUUGGGGCAGCAGCUGA